AACAUCGUGUCAUCGCCAUCGCCGAGAAGGAAGAAGUAAAAGGGGGAAACCCCAUAAAAAAGGUGAUCGUUUCCUUUUCUAAAUCGGAUUGGCGGCCUCCUUUGUAUCGCCAAUUUAUCGUCAUCCCUUAUCGACCGUCUAUUUAAGCCUCCUUCCCAUUAGUUCCGAUCGACUCGAAGAAGAAGCCUUGUUGGUUCGGACUCGAACGUUUCCCGAUCCCUUGCCUUGAUCUAAUGGCGGCCCUCCGCAAGACCCUCGCCCGGCGAUUCGCCUCUCUCCUCCGCCCGUCCACCGCGCCCGCUCCGGCCAGCCGCCCCUCGCCACCCCGCCGAUCCUCCUUCCUCCAGAAGCGGCCUUUCUUCCAGCCGGCACUGCCGCCGGACCGCUCCGCGAUGCCCUUCGGGGGCGACCGGAUCGCGGAGCGGAUACGCUGCCUGUGCCCGGACAGGAUCCGCCUCGACGGGCUCCUCCCGCCGCUGCCGCCGCCGCCGAAGCCAAUCGCGGUGACGGAGGGGGAGUCGGAGGCGGAGGAGGAGAAGAGUGUGUCGUUGGAGGAGGUGAGGAAGGUGGUGAGAGCGUCACAGGUGGCUGCGGCGCGGGCGAGGUUGGUGGCGACGGGCGAGAGCUGUGUCCCGUACACGGACUUCGUCCGGAUUUGCUGCGAGGCCUCGAAUGGCGAGCAGGGAUUGGAGAUUGCGCGAUCCCUCGACAAGUCGGGAAUCGUAAUAGUUCUUGGCAACGUCGUCUUUCUGAGGCCCGAAGAGGUUGCCAAAGCAAUUGAGAAUAUGAUCCCAUCGUCAUUGAGCCAUCAUCACUACGAUCAAUGUAGAGAAGAAUUGAGGAAGAUGGAAGAGACGAAAGCAGAGAUCGAUCAGAGAGCGGCAAAUCAAGUCAGGAAGGAGCUGCAGUGUGGGCUGGGAUUCAUGUUGGCAGGCACAGCUGCUUUGAUGAGGGUCACUUUCUGGGAGCUGUCGUGGGAUGUGAUGGAACCAAUUUGCUUCUAUCUCACCUCCGUCUACUUCAUGGCCCGCUACGCCUUCUUCCUCAGGAGCUACAAGGAACCCUCGUUCAAGGGCUACUUCGCAAGCCGCUUUGCCGCCAAGCAGAAGCGCCUCAUGGAAUCUCAGAAUUUUGACUUGAGUCGCUUCAAUGAACUCAGCCAAUCUUUCCUGCGCCCUCUGCCGCCACCGCUGCUACCACACCUCGACUUCACAUCCCCUUCCUAUUGCCAUUGCCAUGUGAAGAGCCCAUCACUGAUUGGGUCAUCACAGUGAUUUAUGCUGUAGGUGAUGGUAAGGAAAUAAACCAAGCUAACCAGAGAAAGGAGAUGUUCUGAUCUCACAAUUUUUUUGCGGCCUAAGAAUUUACUGAGAAACAUAUACAAUUGUAUCGUGAUAAUAAUCAAUGGAAUUCGAUGGACACUGACAUGAAUUUAUGAUCA